ACGAUAAAAAUGAUAAUUAUUAUAAUGGAUUUUCUCAUAAAAGUUUACCAAAAAGAAUCAAUAAAGACUAUAAUUUAAACAUAUAAGAUAUAAAAGGAACUUAAUCAAUAUUUAAACAUGUAUAAAAGAAUAAUAAGCCUGAAUUUAAUUUAAAUAAUAGAGACAUAUAAUAUUCAAUACCUCGUCCUUUAUUAUAAUAUUAAGAAUUUUCCAAUAGACCUAAUUUCGUUUUAGAAAAUAAAGAUAUUUAAGGCACUUAACCUAAUAUAGUAAAAUUUUAAUCAAAAAGAAAUUAUUGUAAUCCUUUAUAACCAGUUUAUUUUCUUUCAAAAGUACGUUAAUUGGAAGAAGAAAUUCCUAAAUUUAUAAAAGAUAAUAUGUAUAUAGGU